CAUUAUAAUUGUUAGGAAGUCUGCUUUACUCUCCGCAAUUUUCUUCCUUUCACUUUAUCCUUGUCUCCUCUUCAAUCUUCAUUGUCCUGUUCUUUCCCCACUUGUGACAAAACAAGACUCAUAGAAACAGAACAAGAAUAGAUCAUAGACUGCUUGCUACUUGGUAAGGUAAGAACAAGAUAAGAAAAAAUGGCAUUUGCAGGAACAACCCAGAAGUGUAUGGCUUGUGACAAAACAGUUUAUCUGGUUGAUAAGUUGACUGCGGAUAACCGAGUGUUCCACAAAGCUUGCUUCAGAUGCCACCACUGCAAAGGAACCCUCAAGCUCAGCAACUACAACUCUUUUGAGGGAGUUCUUUAUUGCAGGCCACACUUCGAUCAACUGUUCAAAAGAACUGGUAGCCUUGACAAAAGCUUUGAAGGGACACCAAAAGUUGCCAAACCGGAAAGAAAUAUUGAUAAUGAGAAACCUGCAGCAGCCAAAGUCUCAAGCAUGUUUGGUGGAACCAGGGAUAAAUGUGCAGGUUGUCAGAAAACGGUGUAUCCUACUGAGAAGGUUACUGUGAAUGGAACUCCUUACCACAAGAGUUGUUUCAAAUGCUGCCAUGGAGGUUGUGUUAUCAGUCCUUCCAAUUACAUAGCACACGAGGGAAAACUCUACUGCAAACACCACCACAUCCAACUGAUUAAGGAGAAGGGAAAUUUAAGCCAGCUGGAGGGUGACCAUGAGAAGAAUGUAGUGCAAGGGGAAAUUAAUGGUGACAAAGUUGCGGCUUAAACAUGAUAAGAGAGUCUUGAGUCUCAGAAUUCUCAAUUCUCAAGUUAUGCACCAUAUGUUUCUAUCAUCUCUUACCAUUACAUGUAGUCCGGGAAGCUCCUUACCCGUGACAAAUAUCGCAUUCAACAUUUGUUAGUUGAAGUGUGUGGUUUUCAUCAUUUGUUUUUGGUUGUUGUGAGUGUUUGAUUCAGAAUUUGUGAUUCAGAAGUACUUGCUACAGCACUUGUUAAGACUCUCAAUGACUUCAUAUUGAUAUCCUACACGGACGUCACAAAA